GGAUCGGUUUCCUCUUGCUCCUCUGGCCCUCUGUGGCUCUAUCCUCCGCCUUCGAGAUCUUUUUGGUCUUCGUCCUUCUCCCAUGGCUUCCUUGGCGCCUCCUCCGCAUCCUCGCCCUUCGCUCAUCUCGUAUCCACAGAUCAAGAAGACCUCGGCUAUCCGCGCUACUCUCGCUCUGUCGAACUCGAGUGUACUGCAGGUUCCUGGUGGAACACCACUAACUUGGGCACUGAAAGAUAAAACUAAUCUUCCAAGUGAUUGGAGAAAGAGCUCCCUUGAAGGAAGUGAUUGGGAGAACUUGGAGUCUGAUUUAAAUCAUUGGACUAGGUCGUUGCGCCCUGUACAGUGGUACCCAGGUCAUAUUGCUAAAUCAGAAAAAGAACUGAAAGAACAGCUUAAGUUAAUGGAUGUUGUCAUAGAAGUUCGAGAUGCUAGAAUUCCACUGGCUACCAGUCAUCCUCAGAUGGAUUCCUGGCUUGGAAGUCGUAAGAAGAUUUUAGUUCUGAAUAGAGAAGACAUGAUAUCUACUGCAGACAGAAAUGCAUGGGCUACUUUCUUUGCAAGGCAGGGAAUAAAAGUUGUUUUUGCUAAUGGGCAACUUGGAAUGGGAACGAUGAGACUUGGGAGGCUUGCAAAGUCUUUAGCUGCUACUGUGAAUAUUAAACGCAGAGCAAAAGGGCUACUUCCUCGUCCAGUACGUGCCGGAAUAGUUGGUUAUCCGAAUGUAGGUAAGUCAUCUUUGAUCAACCGGUUGCUAAAGCGAAGGAUGUGUCCAGCUGCUGCAAGACCUGGUGUUACAAGAGAAUUGAAAUGGGUACGAUUUGGCAAAGAUCUUGAGUUGUUGGACUCUCCCGGCAUAUUGCCAAUGAGAAUUAGUGAUCAGGCAGCUGCAAUAAAGCUUGCGAUAUGUGAUGACAUUGGAGAGAGAUCAUAUGAUGUCGCUGAUGUUGCAGGCAUUCUUGUGCAGAUGCUGACAAGGCUUCCUGAAGCCGGCUCAGAAUCUCUUCGCAAACGAUAUAGGAUUGAUUUAGAUGAUCAAUGUGGUAGAGUAUUCAUCGAGAAGCUUGCCCUUCAACUCUUUAAUGGGGACGCUAACCAGGCUGCUUUCCGCAUCUUGAACGACUUCAGGAAGGGAAGAUUUGGUUGGUUGGCUCUGGAAAGACCUCCAAAGUGAACCUCUGGUGCUUGGGAUGUCUAUAUCCUUCUUUUUGUUAGCAAGUGCAACAAGCUUAUUAUCCUCGCAAUGCCCUAGUAGAUCAGUCGAGCUCCCAAGUUUUCGCCUUCAAACUGUGGAGUACGGAUUGUUUAAUUUCAGACUGUCAUCUGCCUGUUCCAGGCGAUCAAUUGCCAGUCCAAUUGGUUGUUCUAAUAGACUUAACAUAGAACACAAGUAACUUUUAUGUACUUUGAAUUGUAUGAGAUACAACAAACAAAUAAAAAAAAUAAAUGAUAAUCUCAGUUAAUUUUAUUGUUUA